GCCCACCCCCCUGGGGAAAGAGGAAGUUCCCCACCUGCUCCCAGGCUCCGGAGGAGCUGGGCCAGAAUAGGAGGGUCCUGGCCCCUGAGGCCGCAGCGGCCAUGUCACGGCCAGGCCAGGGUGUGAUGAUGCCCGUGAACGGGCUGGGCUUCCCACCACAGAAUGUGGCCCGGGUGGUGGUGUGGGAGUGGCUGAAUGAGCACAGCCGCUGGCGGCCCUACACGGCCACCGUGUGCCACCACAUCGAGAAUGUGCUCAAGGAGGAUGCCCGUGGUUCCGUGGUCCUGGGGCAAGUGGACGCCCAGCUGGUACCCUACAUCAUUGACCUGCAGUCCAUGCACCAGUUUCGCCAGGACACAGGCACCAUGCGGCCGGUGCGGCGCAACUUCUACGACCCGUCGUCGGCGCCGGGCAAGGGCAUCGUGUGGGAGUGGGAGAACGACGGCGGCGCGUGGACGGCCUACGACAUGGACAUCUGCAUCACCAUCCAGAACGCCUACGAGAAGCAGCACCCGUGGCUCGACCUCUCGUCGCUCGGCUUCUGCUACCUCAUCUAUUUCAACAGCAUGUCGCAGAUGAACCGCCAGACGCGCCGGCGCCGCCGCCUGCGCCGCCGCCUGGACCUCGCCUACCCGCUCACCGUCGGCUCCAUCCCCAAGUCGCAGUCGUGGCCCGUGGGCGCCAGCUCGGGCCAGCCCUGCUCGUGCCAGCAGUGCCUGCUGGUCAACAGCACGCGCGCCGCUUCCAACGCCAUCCUGGCCUCGCAGCGCCGCAAGGCGCCCCCCGCGCCCCCGCCGCCCCAGCCGCCUCCCGGAGGACCAGCGGGCACGCUCGCCGUGCGCCCCAGCGCCACCUUCGCGGGCGCCGCGCUCUGGGCCGCGCCCGCCGCCGGCCCCGCUGAGCCCGCGCAGCCCCCCGGCGCGCCCCCGCGGAGCCCGAGCGCCCCCGGCGGCGCGCCCACCCCGGGGCAGAACAACCUCAACCGGCCCGGGCCCCAGCGCGCCACCAGCGUGAGCGCACGCGCCUCCAUCCCGCCGGGGGUCCCUGCGCUCCCGGUGAAGAACUUGAAUGGUACGGGGCCAGUCCACCCGGCCCUGGCAGGGAUGACCGGGAUCCUGCUCUGCGCCGCGGGGCUGCCCGUGUGCCUGACGCGGGCCCCCAAGCCCAUCCUGCACCCGCCUCCCGUGAGCAAGAGCGACGUCAAGCCCGUGCCAGGCGUGCCUGGGGUGUGCCGCAAGACCAAGAAGAAGCACCUCAAGAAGAGUAAGAACCCUGAGGAUGUGGUUCGAAGGUACAUGCAGAAGGUGAAGAACCCACCUGAUGAGGACUGCACCAUCUGCAUGGAGCGACUGGUCACAGCCUCCGGCUAUGAGGGCGUGCUUCGGCACAAGGGCGUGCGACCUGAGCUCGUGGGCCGCCUGGGCCGCUGUGGCCACAUGUACCACCUGCUGUGCCUCGUGGCCAUGUACUCCAAUGGCAACAAGGAUGGCAGCCUGCAGUGCCCCACCUGCAAGGCCAUCUACGGGGAGAAGACGGGUACUCAGCCACCCGGGAAGAUGGAGUUUCACCUCAUCCCCCACUCGCUGCCCGGCUUCGCUGACACCCAGACCAUCCGCAUCGUCUACGACAUCCCCACAGGCAUCCAGGGCCCUGAGCACCCGAACCCAGGCAAGAAGUUCACUGCAAGAGGCUUCCCGCGCCACUGCUAUCUGCCCAACAAUGAGAAGGGCCGGAAGGUGCUGAGGCUGCUCAUCACCGCCUGGGAGCGGAGACUCAUCUUCACCAUCGGCACGUCCAACACCACGGGCGAGUCGGACACGGUGGUUUGGAACGAGAUCCACCACAAGACCGAGUUUGGAUCCAACCUCACGGGCCACGGCUACCCGGACGCUAGCUACCUAGACAACGUCCUGGCGGAGCUCACAGCCCAGGGUGUGUCCGAGGCUGUGGCCAAGGCCUGAGGCCCGAGGCUGCCCACCUUCCCUCCUGCUUUGCCCCUGGU